AUGGUCAAAGUACUCAUUAGCGAAUUGGACAUGUUCAAGUUCCUUCGUCAGAGAAGUGUUUCCAAACUCUCCGCCGUAAUUCUCCGCUGGAUGUUCUACAUAUAUAGAUCCUUUGGCAUUUCCUGGUUCAAGUUCAAAACUACAACUACUAACCAAAUGACGAUGGAAGAAAUUGGUCCGUGCUGGAAGUGGUCAUUGAGUAUCCUUCGCGUGGGUGGCCUAUUGUUCCUGAUACGGCUUUUUAUGAUAAAGAAGUAUUGGAUUAUAGAUAUCUAUGUGUCCGUAUGCAAUAAAGUUCUCUUGCAUAUCGCCGUUGUGGGCUAUAUAGCAUUGGGACUGCUCUACGCCGACUUGAACGAAUAUGUUUCCACCGAGUUCAGAUCCCAACUGGAGUCCCUGGAAGAGAAGCCCACCGGUCGGAAACUGAGGAAGACCCGCAAGAACUUGGACAAAUGUUUGAGCCUUUACAAAGACGUGCAAUCUUUGACAUCCAUGUUUCAAAGGAUAUACGACCUGAUGCUACUUUUUAGCUUGGGGCAAUCAUGCAUUAAAGUUGCCUUGGCCUCUUACAGUACCUUUAUCAUUCUCGAUAUUAGCUUGCCAUGGCUGUUGUCAAAGAUCUCUUUUGAAAUUCUAAAUAUGUUGCUUUUGACCUUAUCAGUGCAAAGGACAAAACUUCAGUUCGGAAAUAUCCAUAGACUGGUGUUAGAGAAUUGUCAUCUAAGUGAAAAUAAGGAGUGGCAUAGAACUCUGGAAGUGUUUUUCACCCAUCUGAAUCUCUACGAAUUUCAAAUUCGUCCAUUGGGCUUAUUUGAAAUAUCCAAUGCACUCUUGGUGAAUUUUCUCUCGGCCUUGAUUACCUAUCUUACCGUAGUCAUUCAAUAUGGAAUGCAGCUGGACAUUAUAACCUUAAGGAACUAA